UUAAUGACAAUUAUGCAAGAAUUCAUAAUGUAAAUAUUAUUAUUAAUCCAAUAUUCUAAUAUAACACAUUAUAUUCUAUUAAGCUUUAUAACAACAUUUCAUACUUCUAAAUUUUGAUUGGACUACACUGACAGUGGUUAUCAGAAAUUUAAAACACUAAUAAAUGGUGCAGUGAAGACAUUUGUGCACUUGAUCAAUAUACCAUGGAUAGAGACAGAGAAAGGUCUCCGGAUGAUAGCAUACCUUUAGCGGACGACGAUCCCCAAGUUGUUAUUCACGAUGACCAAGAUGUGUCUCAAAGUUCCAAUGUUAUUGUACGCAACCAAAGUAUGGACUCACUACAGUCCUCGUUUACAAAUGGUAGCUGUAGUCCAAGUAGAAAUAGCCUAGACAUGAGCCCUGAUGAGUUAGAAGAAAAAGCGAGGCUUAUAACUCAAGUUUUGGAAUUACAGAAUACAUUGGAUGAUUUGUCUCAACGUGUGGACAGUGUUAAAGAUGAGAAUUUAAAACUACGAUCUGAAAAUCAAGUGCUGGGCCAAUAUAUUGAAAAUUUAAUGUCCGCGUCUAGUGUUUUCCAAACAACGUCCCCUAGAGUAAAGAAAAAAUAAACAUUUCCACUAUAAUACAGCAAUUACUUGUUUAUUGUUUAUUUGUUGCCAAUUGCCAUAAACAUUCCAAAACAAUAUUACGCUUUGAUUAUACAAUGCUUCGAACAAGCAUUUCAUUUCCUAUUAGUUUAUUGUAUACAAUUUAUUAUUUACAAUAUUUUAACUAAAAAUUCAUACAAUUUAUAAUAAAUUGUUAAUAAUGUAUAAUUUAUAAAAUGUGAAUCAACUACCUAAUUUUUUAUGCUUUGUUUUUAGU